AUAUGACAAAUGACAAACUUCCAAGUUAUUUUGAUUUUGGAUAAUCAAUAAAUUUUUGAUAUGCGAUAUGUUUUAGAAGAGUUUUUAUGAAUAGUAAUCUGCAGUUUUGCAUACGGUGAUGUAAAUUAAUAAUAUUAUUACUUUGGAGAUCCUGAACUUUUUCCAAAAUGAAUUCUGAGGAACUGAGUUUAUACAAACAACAGCUUCAACACGUAAAUCAAGCUUUACUCAUUUCCUGUGAUGAAUUGGAAAAAAAUAAACUUUUCGCAUUGAAAUCCAACAUCGAAGAACUGCUUUCUCUUUCGAAAGAUAAUGAUGGAGUUGAUGAAGCAUCAACAAGCAAUAAUAAGAUGUCCGAAGAAUUUGCUCUAUUCAUGGAUGAAAUGGAAAAAGAAGGAGCUGUCCAAACAAAAUAUUCAAAUAAAAAUUCCCAUGAAUGUGAAAUUCCCAAAAAUAUUGAAGGAAUGAAGUGUAGAGCUCCCCAUCAGCAUCAGUGGGGGGAUGUUGCAUAUCACAAUGCAAUGAUUUGUUCAGUUGUGUCUGAUGAUGCAGACAAUGAAAAUGACUUUAAGGUUAGAGUUCUCUUUACAAACCCCACACACGAGGAAAUGCUUCCCUGUCCUUAUUACUUUGACUCGGAUUGUAAAUUUUCCGAAGAGAAAUGUAGAUUUUCUCAUGGAGAAGUUGUUCCAUAUUCUAAUAUUCUGCAAUAUGUUGAACCAAAAUUUGAACUUCUCAAAAUUGGAAGUCCAGUUUUAGUCAAGCAAACAAGUAAUCUUUGGUUUAGAGCAAAAGUAAGACAGAUAUAUGAGGAUAAAUGUUUAGUGAAAUUUGAAAGUGACAAGAAACAAGUUGAAGUGAUUUUUGAACACGUUUUGCCCUUAGACAAUGAAAAAAAUGAUGUUAGUGACGAAAGUAGCGACAGCGAGACUGAAAUGGUUAAUGAACAAGAAGCUGAUAGAGAGGAUGUAAUAAAUCAGUCUCUUUUGAUAACUCCAUCUGAACAAGCAUUAGGUGAUUGGGAAAAAUAUACAAAGGGGAUGGGUUCUAAGUUAAUGACCAAGAUGGGAUAUAUAACAGGUACAGGUUUGGGAAAAAAAUCUGAUGGUCGAAUUGAUCCUGUUAGCGCUGUAGUUUUGCCGCCUGGAAAAUCAUUAGAUCAUUGUAUGAAUCUUCGUGAAUGUGCUGGAGGUGACAAAAACUUAUUCAGUGUAGAAAAAAAACUUAAGCGAAUACAGAAAAUUCAGGAGAAACGCAAUCAAAGAAAUUAUGAAAGACGUUCAGAAAAUCAAAGUGUUUUCAAACUUAUUAACAAAUCUUUGGAAGGAACCUCUGAAGAAAACUUUGACAAGUUGACAGAACGCCAGAAAAUCAAAAAAGAAUGUUCAAGAAAUUUGAAUAUUAAAAGCCUUCAGAUAGCAGAUAAUAUAAGGAGAGCAGAAAGAGAUUUAGAAAAAAUAAAUGAUUCCCUAACAAGGCACACCGAUGUAUCUUCAAAUGUUCAUCUGAAAUUGAAGGAUAAACUAGUACAUAUGCAAGACCAGUUGAAAAUAUAUCAGUCUCAGGCAGUCCUUAUCAAAAAUGAACAGAGUUUGAGAAGUGACAAAAAGAAAUUGACCAUUUUUUAAAGUUUUUGAAAUAUACAUUUUUCAAUUGUU